UGACGUUUUGUUCUCUGCGCGCGCCGUGAAUCUAAACUCGGAAUCGCUACAUGUCACCGACACGCUCCUCUCGCCGCCGCGGCCGCUGCCUGUAGGUUCUAGCGAUCCACCGAUGGCGAGGCCGGCGGCGAAGGCGCUGCCGCCCAAGCACCUCGUGGCGCUCGCCGCCGUCGCCAUCCUCGGACUCUUCCUAGUCGCCGACUACCUCUGGGCCUCCUCCCGCUCCGCUGCCUCCUCCAUCUGGCCCUCGAGGCUCGAUAUCUCCACUCGCCCCACGGCGUCGCGGCCGCCCUCGGAGAAGCAAACAAAGGGCAAUACAUCUACAGGUUCCAUGGACAUAAGUGCCACUUUUGCGGAUUUGCCAGCACCAGAAUUGCAGUGGGAGCAGAUGGCUGCAGCACCGGUACCACGUUUGGAUGGUGCUGCUAUACAGAUUAAGAAUCUCUUAUUUGUGUUUGCUGGAUAUGGCACCAUUAACUAUGUGCAUUCUCAUGUGGAUAUUUACAAUUUCUCGGAUAAUACAUGGGGAGGAAAGUUUGAUAUGCCAAAGGAAAUGGCACAUUCACAUCUGGGGAUGGUUACAGAUGGAAGAUAUAUUUAUGUAGUAACUGGACAAUACGGCCCUCAGUGUAGGGGGCCUACAGCUCGAAAUUUUGUGUUGGACACUGAAAGAAAAGAAUGGCAUGAUUUGCCUCCAUUGCCAGUUCCUAGGUAUGCUCCAGCCACACAACUUUGGAGAGGGAGGCUUCAUGUGAUGGGUGGUAGUAAGGAGGACAGACAUGAACCUGCACUUGAACAUUGGAGCCUCGCAGUUAAGGAUGGGAACGCAUUGGAGCAAGAAUGGAGGAGCGAGAUACCAAUCCCGCGUGGUGGUCCACAUAGGGCAUGUGUUGUUGCUAAUGAUAAGCUCCUUGUUAUUGGUGGUCAAGAAGGAGAUUUUAUGGCCAAACCUGGAUCACCUAUAUUUAAAUGUGUUAGAAGAAGUGAGAUGGUGUACAGCGAUGUAUACAUGCUUGAUGAUGAAAUGAAGUGGAAGGAACUUCCACCCAUGCCGAAGCCAGAUUCACAUAUAGAGUUUGCCUGGACGAAUGUCAACAAUUCUAUAAUUAUUGCUGGGGGAACUACAGAAAAGCACCCAAUUAAUAAAAGAAUGACCUUGGUUGGUGAAGUCUUUCGGUUCAAUUUGGAGACACUGGAAUGGAGUGUGAUCGGGCGGUUACCUUUCCGGAUCAAGACCACGUUGGUAGGAUACUGGGAUGGCUGGCUGUAUUUCACUUCCGGGCAACGGGACAAGGGCCCAAGCAACCCAUCUCCUAAAAAGGUUGUCGGGUGCAUGUGGAGAACUAAGUUGCACCUGUGAUUUUUCUAAAGGAGAACUGAUUUUAGCAGAGCAUUCCUUCAGUAUUCUUUUGGGUACAUAACUGUUCGAUUCCCCCCUGUUGGUGAGCGAGUUAGUUUAUUGUCAUACGAAUUGGCUGGCUUUGUUGUGCACUUUCACAUCAUGCCACUUACUCUGUUGUAUGCUUAAUUUUUGCGGUUAUAUCACAGAAUAGCUCACUUUACACAAUUUUGUACAAUAUCCUAUGCUGAUGUUCUAAUCUUGUAGCUGUAACAGAUACCUCUACUCUUGUGUUUCUUGAUGUUCCUAUAUCCUUGUAUAUAGCAGUUCGUGGGAGAAAAGCAUCUUGUACCAAAUACUGCUAGCCACAUCAGAUGUAUUUUAGUUGUAGAUACAUCCAUUUUUGUGACAAGUAAUUCCGAACGGAGGGAGUACAUCCGAGAGGUGUUCAGAUAAGGGGUAUCCGGCAGUAGUAGCUUCUAAACUGGAUGGGAAUCCAGUUCGUUUCCUCUGAGGCAUCAACGUCAUCUUGACCUAUUCCUACAGUUGACUUGAGCUCUCUCAACUCACACGGUUACACCUCUCACAUGCCUUCUGUGACAUGGCAAGUAUUGUUCUCUGACGGUUGCUGCUUUUCGCCCGUGUAAUUGGACUUGUAUAAAGUGGCUGGAUGUUCCUUGUGAUUACGAUGAUCAACACAUUUAUGUUUUCUUUCCCUUCAAAA